UGUCCUGCCCCCAAGAACAUACCCCUCACAAAGGACCUCCUGCGCCCAUCCCCAGAAGAGGAGAAGAGGAAGCACAAGAAGUGCCUGGUCCAGAGCCCCAACUCCUCCUUCAUGGACACGAAGUACUCAGCGUGCUACAAAAUCACCACUGUCUUCAGCCACGCACAAACAGUGGUUUUGUGUGUGGGCCGCUCCACCGUCCUGUGCCAACUGAAAGGAGGAAAAGCAAGGCUUACACAAGGAUGCUCCUUCAGACAGGAGCGGCAGUAAAAGUACCCUAAAUCAACAUGAGUGGGAAACUAUCCCAAUAAACUGAUUUUGGACACAAAAUAAUAAAUAAUAAUAAUAAUAAUAAUUAAUAAUAAUAAAGUAAAAACCCCCUCUU